CCGCCGCCGCGGCCACACUCCGUCGCCCGCCGCUGCAUCCACGUCCCCUCCGGCCUGCCCGACACGCAUGUCUGCUUCAGCUCCCCCUCCUCUGGCCUCGCCAACGCAUCGCGCGUCUCGGGUCUCCCCUCCGCGGCGCCCUGCUCUGACCUCGCCGAGGCAUUGCGCGUGUCGGGUCUCCCCGCCGCGACGCCCUUCUCCUGCCUCCAUCCCCGACGCGGUCCGCACCAGCGACCUCCGUCCCUCCACUCCGGCCUCCCUCCCCGAAUCGGUCCGCACCAGCGACCUCCGUCCCUCCGCUCCGGCCUUCCCCGACGCGGUACGCACCAGCGACCUCUGUCCCUCCGCUCUGGCCUUCCCCGACGCGGUCCGCACCAGCGACCACUCUUCCUCUGCUCCGGCCUCCCUCCCUGCCGCGGUCCGCACUAGUGACCCCCCUUCCUUCGCCUUCGGCAGCUCACAUGGGAUGGAGGGAGUCGCGCCGUCGGCCAUGGUGGCAGGGGCGGCACAGAAGACCUCAAACCUACUGGUUCCUCUUCCUGAUGGGCAAGUUCUAAACUCCUCAAAUUGAUGUGUAGCAUGGCGACAUGGUGAAGCAUUGAUGUGUAGCAUUUGGUCUGCUAGAAAUAUUUUUCUUUUUAUGCUAGAAAUAAAUUGAUGUGUUCUUCGUUUCUGUAACUCUCCCUGUGUUGUGGCAGCAUUUUAGUUGGUUCACACCAAAGCACUAGAUCAGGUAGAGCUUGAGCUAGUUGCCAAAUCUGUUCAAUCGUUUUGGGUUUGUUGUUAUUUUGGUACCCUGUUAUCUCGCUCUAUUAGCUGUCCUAUGAACUUGUUAAGUUGAAUGUUGUACCCUUAGUACUCUUUUGUUUGAACUGCUCCUCUCAGUGAGCUGUUGUAUGACCCCGAUGGUUUCGUUCUGAGUAUUAUGCCUCACAUGAUAAUUA